AAUCAACAAAUUGAUAGCCUAGCCCUGCGCAUUCGGUACAAAAUGUCUGAUUAUUUUCCAGAUAUUAACCAAACAGCAACUGAUUCCGAUUCAGCAGAAACGCCACCGCAGCUAUCGAAGAUUGGAUUACGUCGAGCCCAUAGAAUGUCAAAGACGAAUGAAUCGCAGCGUCUGCUCAGAUCGCAGACGGCCGACAAGGACGACGACGAACUGUUUGUCAAGUUGCCCAAGUUCAGUAAGCGAUUGCGUGGCAAGAGCUCAGCCGAAGCCCAGGAGCCGGAUGCCAUCGAUGCCAGCACUAAGGAGCUGUUGCCGGCCAAUCAAAGGCUGUACAAAUACCUCAAACAGGCCAAUUGCCAGCGCUGGAUCUGGUGCGAGUUCAUAGAGUCCUUCAUCGACAAGGCGAUACUGGGCAGCGCCUACGACAUGAACAACUACGUCCAGAGCUGUUUUCCGCAACUGGAGACGCGUCAAAUGCCACGUCGCUGCUGGCAGCUGAUUCGCCGAAACAUGGGCAAGGCCCGCCGUUUCUCGCCGGCAUUUAUUGCUGGCGAGCGCAUCGAACUGGAGCGCAGUCGUCGCAUUGUUCGUCAGCUGCAGCAGCGUAAGUUCGAUAUGGAGCAGGACGGACAAUCUCUGGAGCUGAUGCCCAAGGUGAUACCCAUGCCACUGGCCGUAGAUGUCAAAGUGAUCAGCCUGCUGAGCGCACCACAGUUGAUGCUCUGCAAGGGACGUGUCAUCGGCUACGAGCCGAGAGACAGCAGUUACCUGAUUAAGUUUAACAUUGCGGGUAAGCAUACGGUGCUCAGCAUGCCUGAUUGCCAUCUCCAUGUGCUACAGGAGUGCAAGACCCUGCCGCUGGCCAGCAUCGUCCAGGAGACUGAAGACAAGCAGCUGACCAGUUCAGAAAUCUCUGUCGAUGCCGACGAACCGAAGCCCCUGAUGGAUGCGCUCUUGCAACUGCAAAAGCUUCUGGUCCUCAAACGUAAAACCGUCCAGGACAUGGCCAGCAUGAACGAAGAGUUGGAAGCCAGCGGCUUACCAGCGCCCGCUCGCCGGGAGACCAAGCAGACACCGCUCCGCGAGAAGCUGCAGCGUCGCUAUGCCUCCAAUAUGAUAACGUUGCACCGGGUGAACGCUGACAUUUUAGAGCCGCUGCGCGUGGCGCACCAUCAUCUAAAUGAGUACGAGACGGAUGCGCUGCAUAGCAAAUGCGUGCCGCGCAACAAACUGUACGAGAAGUGCCGCACCCUGGCCGAAAUGGACUUGAAGGCGGCGCCAUGUCAAGCCAGCGUCCAGCUAGAGCCGACGCGUGAGCUCAUUCUGCGCCUGCAAACGUUGCUCUAUUUGUGCGGAGAACUGGGCCACGGCAACAAUGUCGAGGUUGAUGCGGUCAUGGAUGACUUUGUGUCCAACCUGCUGGUGGGUUUGCCGCCCCAGCUGACAACCGAGUUCAGGCACGUUGUUGGCCUGCUACAGCCGCUGCGCGAACUCAUCCUGGCCAUGACCAAGACAGAAGCGGAGCCGUGCCAGCAGCUAUUUCAAUCAGAUGCUGAAGGCCUUCUUUUGCCCAAUGAAGAGUCUGACAUCGAGAUGGGCUUGUAGUAUUUACUGAACAGGCAGAUUGAUAAUUUUAAUACAUUUAUUUGAAACGGAUAAGCGCAAUACAU